AUGUAUCGGCGUUUCUUUGCCCACGUCAGUUUUUUACGCACUUCAGUUCGCACCAUGACUACGAUCAAUCCUCGAGACCCGAAUACUUUGAGUAAUUAUAACAAUUGGCGGUCCACCCAUAUCACCGCCAAUUUCGAUAUUUUGUUUGACCAGAAGAAGCUGGUGGGCAAUGUCAUUCAUCGAUUCAAGUCUAUCACCGAUGGCGAAUCCCAAGAGAUCAUCCUAGAUACCAGCCACCUUGACAUUGGCACGGUAAAGGUGAAUGGCCAGCCAACCAAGUGGGAGCUUCUUCCACCUCUGGAGCCCUUUGGUGUGCCAUUGAAGAUCAGCCUUGAUAAGGCCGUCGAGCUGAAUGGCACCGUCGAGGUUGAUAUCGCGGUGAAAACCACCGAAAAAUGCACCGCAUUGCAAUGGCUGACGCCUGCGCAAACCUCAAACAAGAAACAUCCAUACAUGUGUGAGAGCCUCCUUCCAUGUGAAGGUUUCCACUUCUCGCAAUGUCAGGCAAUUCAUGCCCGAUCUAUCUUCCCUUGCCAGGAUACUCCAGAUGUUAAAAGUACAUUUGACUUUAACAUCACCUCCCCGCUCCCUGUCAUGACCAGCGGUUUGUCGGUUAGCAAGGAGUCAGGAUUGUAUCGAUUCCACCAGUCGGUUCCAAUCCCCAGCUACCUCUUUGCCAUUGCUAGCGGUGACGUUGCAGAGGCUCCGAUCGGUCCCCGUAGUGUUGUUGCAACCAGCCCCGACAAGCUGGAAGAAUGCAAGUGGGAACUCGAGGGAGAUACCGAAAACUUCAUCACCACCAUCGAGAAAAUUGUUUAUCCUUAUGCUUGGGGUGAGUACAAUGUUUUGAUUUUGCCGCCGAGUUUCCCGUAUGGCGGCAUGGAGAACCCGAUUUUUACUUUUGCAACCCCAAGCAUCAUCUCCAAGGACCGCGAGAACAUCGAUGUGAUUGCACACGAGUUGGCCCACAGCUGGAGUGGUAAUCUGGUUACGAAUGCCUCGUGGGAGCAUUUCUGGUUGAAUGAAGGCUGGACUGUCUACCUCGAGAGAAGGAUUUUGGCUGCCAUUCAUGGCGAAGCCUAUCGUCACUUUUCUGCCAUUAUUGGUUGGAAGUCUCUAACUGACGCUGUCGACCAUUUUGGAGACCAACACGAGUUCACUAAACUUAUUGUUGAUCUGAAGGGCAAGGACCCCGACGAUGCGUUCUCGAGUGUUCCUUAUGAGAAGGGCUUCAACUUCUUGUUCUACCUUGAGAAUCUUGUUGGAAAGGCAAAGUUUGAUAAGUUCAUUCCUCACGUAUGGGAUCCCUUCCCCCUCUCCUCUCAAGAGCCAAGCGGGAUAUUGACAUAUUUACACCUACAGUACUUCACAACCUUCAAGUGCAAAUCACUCGACUCCUAUGAGUUCAAAGCUCUAAUUCUGGAGUUCUUCCAGUCAGAUGCUGAGGCUUCCCGGCUUCUGGAGCAAUUGGAUUGGGAUAAGUGGUUCUAUGCGCCGGGUCUGCCUCCUAAGCCGAGCUUCGACACAUCAAUGGUGGACGUUGUGUAUGAUCUUUGCAAGAAAUGGAAGUCGCUUCCAGACUCUUCCUUCAAACCUCAAAUCAGCGACAUUCAGGGCUUGACGGCAAACCAGUUGGUUGUUUUCCUGGAACAAAUGCUCUUGGAAAAACCUCUAAGCCCGGAAAUCUCAAAGCUCAUGGGUGAAGUCUACGGUUUGACUAAGAGUGAGAACAUCGAGGUUUCGAACCUUUACUUGCAGGUUGGCAUGAAAGCAGAAGAUGAAAGUGUCAUUGAGCCCACGACCGAGCUGCUAGGCCGCAUUGGACGGAUGAAGUUUGUGCGACCUUUGUACCGCAAUCUCCAGAAGAUUAAUCGCCCUGUUGCACUCGCAACAUUCGAGAAGUACAAGGACUUUUACCACCCCAUCUGCCGAGGCAUGGUGGAAAAGGAUCUCUUUAGCAAGAAACACUAG